UGCUCGCUCUAGCCUUUUCCUUCUCCCUCACCACGCGGCUUUUGCCACCCUAUUCUGGCACUUUCGCCCGGCUCAACGGACCACGACGCGUCCCGUCCCCCAACCCAGCACCAGGCUCCAGCAGCAAACACGCGGAGGGUGCAAAACUGCAAAUCCCUGCGAUCCCCACGCCAAUCGGAGCAGCGAGCCGUCGCCGAUCAAUUCACCACCGGACCCAAUCCUAAACCAGUAAACCGGCGCCGGCAAAUCAAAUCCUUCUCCGCAAGGCGAGAGCGAGAGCGCGACGAUGUCCGGAGCGACGGACUACCAGGAGAUGGCGGCGUCGGUGCCGCCCUCGCUGAAGGCCAUCACGCUGACGCACGUCCGCUACCGCCGGGGCGACCCGCUGGGUCUCUUCCUCGCGUGGGUCUCCCUCGUCCCGGUUUUCAUCAGCCUCGGCGGUUUCGUCUCCCACUUCCUCUUCCGUCGGGAGCUCCAGGGCCUCUGCUUCGCCGCGGGGCUCCUCGUCUCUCAGGUCCUCAAUGAGAUCAUCAAGCACUCCGUCGCGCAGUCCCGCCCGGCGUACUGCGAGCUGCUCGAGGCCUGCGACUCCCAUGGUUGGCCUUCCAGCCACUCGCAGUACGUGUUCUUCUUUGCCACCUACCUGUCGCUCCUCUCCCUCCGCCGCUCGCGCGCGCGCCAGGUGAUGGCCGCCUUGCCAUGGCCGCUUGCCUUCCUCACCAUGCUGUCCAGGGUCUACCUAGGCUACCAUACCGUCGCGCAGGUUUUCGCGGGAGCAGUAGUGGGCCUCGUGUUUGGUGCUAUCUGGUACUGGAUUGUCAAUACCAUGCUUGUUAAUUACUUCCCAAUGAUUGAAGAGAGUGCAAUUGGAAGGUGGCUGUACAUCAAGGAUACAUCUCAUAUUCCAGAUGUGCUAAAAUUUGAGUAUGAUAACGCAAGGGCAGCAAGGAAGAAAGUUUCUACUGAUUGAGCUUGUUAUGCUUCUGGAUUGCAUUUUGCUGUUGUUAAGACGAUUAUAAGAAUGUGUGGCAUGAUAUUUCCUUCAUCUAUGCUACAAACGGGAACAUGUAGCAGUAACAUUCAGAAGAAGAAAUGCUCACUAGAGCUUGUUGGAUUUAGCUCUUCCUGGGCAUAUGCCAUAUGCCACACUAUUUUUUCCCCUUAUUGGUCACUAGUCACACAUAUUAUUUUAUUAAAGGUUGUUCGAUUAUAACUUGAUAAUUGCUUACAUUUAAAACUGACGUGAACAAUACAUGAGUUCAUCUCUGCA